AUGAUUUUGUUAGGUACAUUAUUAGUGCUAUUUGGAGUUUUUUCAUUAAGUUGGAGAUUAAAUGAAUUUUCAGAUUCAAAAGAUAAUAUUUAUAAUUCAUUAAAAAGAAAUUCAAUUAAUUCAAAUACAGAAAGAUCAUUAUUAUUAUCACCUGGAACAAAUAUGAUUCAAACUCAAUCAAAUCAAUUUAAUACUUCAUUUGGUUCAAAUCUUGAUGAAAAUUUUGGAGAUAAUACAGAAUAUAUAUCAUUUGGUUCACCAAAAGGUGAAUCACCAAUUGUUAUAAAUGAUGAACCAGGUUAUACAAGUGAUGAAUUAGAUCAUGUUUCUAAAUCACCAAUUUUAUCACCUUUUAAAUAUGGUAGUAUAAUUGAUAAUAAUCCAAGUGGUAUAAUUGGUUCUAAAAAUCAAAAAAGAAGAAGUAAAAGAGUAUUAUCAUAUGAACAAAAUGAAUUAUUAAAUCAAUUGAAAAAAAUGCCAGAUGUUUAG